AGCUUCCUUUUAUCUACCCCAUUUUCCCUUCUCUCUUGCUUUUUCCUCUUCCUCUCUCUUUCUCUCUUUCUCACUCCACUCUAUCACACCUUUUUGGGUUGUCUCUCCUUGGAUGUGUUGCGGCCUUGCCCACCUCGCAUAGAGAGCUUCCAUCAUGAUCUCCACAAGGCUUGCGCGCAUGGGUGCGCUGGCCCCUAAGUCCCGUCUUUUCCUCGGGACCCGGGGUCUGGCUACCGUCAGCGACUCUCCCCUCGACAAGAAGGUCGAGAUGACCAACCUCGAGAAGGGUAACUACAUCAACUACAAGAAGAUGUCCGAGAACCUCGACAUUGUUCGUCGUCGCUUGAGCCGUCCUCUUACCUACGCCGAGAAGGUUCUGUACUCUCACCUUGACGACCCGCACGGUCAGGACAUCGAGCGUGGUACCUCCUACCUGAAGCUGCGCCCCGACCGUGUUGCUUGCCAGGAUGCCACCGCCCAGAUGGCCAUUCUUCAGUUCAUGUCCGCUGGCAUGCCCUCCGUCGCUACCCCCACUACUGUCCACUGUGACCACUUGAUUGAGGCUCAGCUUGGUGGUGACAAGGAUCUUGCCCGUGCCAACGAGAUCAACAAGGAAGUCUACGACUUCUUGGCCUCCUCUACCGCCAAGUACAACAUUGGUUUCUGGAAGCCCGGUUCCGGUAUCAUUCACCAGAUCGUCCUCGAGAACUAUGCCUUCCCCGGUGGUCUGAUGAUUGGUACCGACUCUCACACUCCUAACGCUGGUGGUCUUGCUAUUGCUGCCAUUGGUGUCGGUGGUGCUGAUGCUGUCGAUGUCAUGGCUGGUCUUCCUUGGGAGCUGAAGGCCCCCAAGGUCAUCGGUGUUAAGCUGACCGGUGAGAUGUCUGGCUGGACUACCCCCAAGGAUAUCAUCCUCAAGGUCGCCGGUCUCCUCACUGUCAAGGGUGGUACUGGUGCUAUCAUUGAGUACCACGGUCCUGGUGUCAACUCCUUGUCCUGCACUGGUAUGGCUACCAUCUGUAACAUGGGUGCUGAAAUCGGUGCCACUACCUCUCUCUUCCCCUUCAACGACCGCAUGUACGACUACUUGAAGGCCACCAAGCGUACGCAGAUCGGUGACUUCGCCAGAAGCUACGCUAAGGAGCUCCGCGAGGAUGAGGGUGCUGAGUACGACCAGCUGAUUGAGAUCAACCUGUCCGAGCUCGAGCCCCACGUCAACGGUCCCUUCACCCCUGACUUGGCUACCCCCAUCUCCAAGUUCAAGGAGGCUGUUGAGACCAACAAGUGGCCUGAGGAGCUCAAGGUCGGUCUUAUCGGCUCUUGCACCAACUCUUCCUACGAGGAUAUGUCCCGUGCCGCCUCCAUCGCCCGCGAUGCCCUCGACCACGGGCUGAAGUCCAAGUCUAUCUUCACCAUCACCCCUGGUUCCGAGCAGAUCCGUGCCACCAUUGAGCGUGACGGCCAGCUCCAGACUCUUGAGGAGUACGGUGGUGUCAUCCUUGCCAACGCUUGCGGUCCCUGCAUUGGUCAGUGGGAUCGUCGCGACAUCAAGAAGGGUGAGGCCAACUCCAUCAUCUCUUCUUACAACCGUAACUUCACCGGUCGUAACGAUGCCAACCCCGCCACCCACGCCUUCGUUGCCUCUCCCGACCUUGUUGUUGCCAUGACCGUUGCGGGUACCCUCAAGUUCAACCCCCUCACCGACAAGCUCAAGGACAAGGACGGUAACGAGUUCUUGCUUAAGGCUCCUUCCGGCGAGGGUCUCCCCGCCCAGGGCUACGACCCCGGCCGUGACACCUACCAGGCUCCUCCCAAGGACCGUGAGUCUGUUGCCGUCGCUGUCUCCCCCGAGAGUGACCGUCUCCAGCUACUUGCUGGCUUCGAGAAGUGGGAUGGCAAGGAUGCCACCGGCAUCCCUAUCCUGAUCAAGUGCCAGGGUAAGACCACCACCGACCACAUCUCCAUGGCUGGCCCAUGGUUGAAGUACCGUGGACACCUUGACAACAUCUCCAACAACAUGUUGAUUGGUGCCAUCAACGCCGAGAACGGUGAGGCCAACAAGAUCAAGAACGCCUUCACUGGUGAAUACGAUGCCGUUCCCGCCACUGCCCGUGACUACAAGGCCCGUGGUGUUAAGUGGGUCGUCAUUGGUGACUGGAACUACGGUGAGGGUUCCUCCCGUGAGCACGCCGCUCUGGAGCCCCGCCACCUUGGUGGUCUUGCCAUCAUCACCCGCUCCUUCGCCCGUAUCCACGAGACCAACCUCAAGAAGCAGGGUAUGCUCCCCUUGACCUUCUCCGACCCUGCCGACUACGACAAGAUCAAGCCCGAUGACAAGGUUGACCUCCUCUGCACUGAGCUCGAGGUUGGCAAGCCCAUGACUCUCCGCGUCCACCCCAAGGAUGGCGCUUCCUUCGACGUCAAGCUCAGCCACACCUUCAACGAGUCCCAGAUCGAGUGGUUCAAAGAUGGUUCUGCUCUGAACACCAUGGCCCGCAAGGCUGGCAAGGCUUAAACUGCUAGUCAUCAAAACAACUCGACAAGAGUGGGCCUAGGGCCACGAUGAGCGACUAGCUCAUCUGUAAACUACAAAUAUGGUUUCUGUCCGCUGAGAUGAAACAUGAUGAUACCUCCAAGGGACUGGUUCAAGGUCUCGGUGGAUUUUGCCGAGCAGCGGGGAAGCGGCUGCUGGCUGGAAGAUGCGGAGUGGUGAUCCGAAAAAUCUAACGAAUUGUUUCUGCCAUCAGGGCCUGGUUUCAUUUGUACCCUUCAGAUUUUAGGGUGGACUACAUGGAUAUACUCUUUUUGUUUUGUUUUAUAUCAUACACUGUAUGUUAGGGACUGCGUGCAUACCAUUUUUCCUUCUGUU